AUGUUCCUGAUUCCGGCGGCAGCAGCAGAAGCGGUAAAACAGCAGCAGCAUCACCAGCCCAACUACAUGUGUGUGACAUCGCCAAACCGGCAGGUGACGGUCGAGGAUAAGAAACCGGCUGGUGAUAAGAAGGCUACAGCGAAAAAACCCCGAAGAAAUCGACUACCACAGGAGAGAAGAAAAACCGCUGGUGGUGGAGGCUGCCAAAGAAGGCCAACUUUUGCUGUCGCUGCAAAGACGGUAGCAGCUGGCAAUAAACAUAAGGCCAAACCAACGAAGACUGUAGAGAACAAGCCAAAGAAGGCCGCCGCACCUGCCAAGAAAGCUGCUCCGAAGAUCACCACCAGCAAGAAGUAA